AUGUCAUACCCAUCAGCCAUAACGACCUUGGUUCAUAACCCACAGUUACGCCUGCUCAAUGCUCUCCAAGCCAAUGCAAAGCCUAUUAUGACAUUUCUUGGCCUUCCGUCCUUCCGAACAGCCCAGGUUGUAGCCCAGACCGGUAUCGAUGGCAUCAUCAUCGACUGCGAGCAUGGCCAUAUCAGUGAUGAUUCCAUGCACAGCUCAACUGCUGCCAUUGCGGCUUUAGGGGUGUCGCCUCUUGUCCGUCUAAGGAUGACCAACUCGGAUCUGAUUAAACGAGCUUUGGAUGCUGGUGCUCACGGUAUCGUUGUUCCUCAAAUUAAUACCCCUGAAGAAGCAAGGGCUGUUGUCUCUCACUCAAAGUUCCCUCCACAAGGCCUGCGUGGGCAAGGCUCGGCGUUCCCAGCCAUCACCCACGGCCUCGACAUUCCAACAUACCUCAAAACGGCAAACGAAACGCUGAUUACCUGUCUUCAAAUUGAAUCGAAGAUGGGGGUCGAGAAUGUUGACUCUAUUUGUGCUGUACCUGGUGUCGAUAUGGUUUUCAUCGGGCCAAACGACCUUGCCCUAUCGAUCCUUGGUUAUGUUCCCGCCAAGGGUGAUGAGCCGGAAUUUGUUGAUGCUAUCAAAAAGAUCGUGGCUGCUGCCAGAAAGAAUGGCAAAUGGGUCGGCCGAUUGUCCAACGAUGGCGCCUCAUCCAAGGAACAUCUCAAAGUCUUUGAUACUGUGGCGAUGAGUUAUGACAUUCGGGCAAUUCAAAACUGGUAUUCAAGUGAAUUGCACAUUGCGCGCUCGUGA